AUGAGAGUUGAUUCACAGAUUCUCUUAAACUGUGGUGCAUCAGUUAAUGAAGCCAUUGAUUCCUCCGGCAGAAAAUGGAUCCCAGAUUCCAAGUUCCUCACCACAAACGACUCUCUCUCUUCAACUGCGAAUUCCCAAGAUCCAUCCCUCCCCUCCACAGUCCCUUACAUGCACUCUAGAAUCUUCAAAUCCGAAACCACCUACAAAUUCCCCAUCUCCCCCACCUCCCGCCACUGGCUCCGCCUCCACUUCUACCCCUCCUCCUACGACCAAUUCGACUCCGCCUCCGCCUUCUUCUCCGUCUCCGCCGCCGGCUUCACUCUCCUCCACAACUUCAGCGCCUCCCUCACCGCCCAAUCCCUCACACAAGCUUACCUCAUCACAGAAUUCACCAUCAACCACGUAAACUCACCUCUCCUCCGCCUCACAUUCACCCCUCUGCUCGGCUUCGCAUUCAUCAACGGCAUUGAGAUCGUCCCGACGCCCGAGAUCUUCCCGCCUCAGCGCAACGCCUACGCGAUGCAGACGAUGUUCCGGCUCAACGUGGGAGGCCAGUUUUUCAUCUCUGAUUCUCCAGACUCCCGCACUUGGUACGAUGACUCUCCGCACAUAUACGGUGCGGGUUUCGGCCUCGCUGCUCGUGCAGACAGCGACGUCGCGGUUGCAUAUCCUUCUCCCGAGUUCAAGCUCGUCGCCCCGCCAGAUGUUUACAAAACGGCGAGGACUAUGGGGCCUAACUCCACGCUCAAUGUCAAUUACAACCUCACUUGGAUUCUUGAUGUGGAUGCGAAUUUCACCUAUCUUGUGAGGCUGCAUUUCUGUGACUUCAUUUUUGGGAAGGUGAAUCAGAGGGUGUUCUUCGUUUUCAUUAAUAAUCGUACGGUGGAGACGGAUGCAGACGUUGUGGCGUGGGCGGGAGGAAGAGGAGCGCCCGUCUACAAGGAUUAUAGAGUUGGUGGUGAUAAUCAGAUAUGGUUGGCUCUGCAUCCUAAUCCUGAGUCCAAGCCUCAAUACUAUGAUUCAAUCCUUAACGGGAUCGAGGUUUUUAAGCUCAACGACACGAAAGGGAGCUUGGCAGGCCCUAAUCCGAUCCCAUCUCCUAACGAAAGCGCAACUGCAACACAUGCAUCAAGAUCGAGAAAGAGUGUGGUGGUGAUUGUUUUAUCAGCAUGUGUUGUAGCUGCGUUUGGGGUUGUUUUCAUCGUUGGCUUUUUGAAACAUAGAAAAACACGGGGGAGUGAAGAGGGCGUGUCGUGGAUUCCUAUCUACGGGAGCUGGAGCAGGAGCAGCGGGAGCAGCAGUAGCCAGAUGAUCUCGAGCAGACUGUGCAGGCAUUUCUCGUUAGGCGAGAUGAGGGGGGCCACCAACGGCUUCAGUGAGUCAUGUGUGGUGGGCGUGGGAGGAUUCGGGAAGGUAUACAGAGGUUGCAUUGAUGGGAAUGCAACCGAGGUCGCUGUGAAGAGAGCACACCCUUCGUCUCAGCAGGGCUUGAAUGAAUUCUUGAAUGAAAUCGAACUCCUGUCUAAGCUCAGGCAUAGGCAUUUGGUUUCUUUGAUAGGAGCUUGUGAGGAAAACAAUGAGAUGAUACUAGUCUAUGAUUACAUGGCAAAUGGGACCUUACGAGAGCAUCUGUACGACAAGAACAACGAUAGCACGACAACAACAACAACAACAACACUGUCGUGGAAGCAGAGAUUGGGCAUCUGCAUAGGGGCAGCAAGAGGGAUUCACUACCUCCACACAGGAGCAAAACACCCUAUUAUCCACAGAGACGUCAAGACAACAAACAUUCUCCUAGACGACAAAUGGGUGGCUAAGGUAUCUGAUUUUGGGCUGUCCAAAACAGGACACGGCCUAGAUCAAGCACACGUCAGCACUGUUGUGAAAGGGAGCUUCGGCUACUUGGACCCAGAGUACUACAGGCUACAGCAGCUGACUGACAAAUCCGACGUUUACUCGUUGGGAGUUGUACUAUUGGAAGUGUUGUGUGCACGCCCGCCCAUCGACCCCUCCCUCCCGAAUGAGCAAAUCUGCCUAGCCGAUUGGGCGCUCAGGAGUUACAGCAAUGGUGGCAUACAUGAGAUGAUUGAUCCUAGAACUAGAGGUGAGAUUAAUCCAGAAUGUCUGAAACACUAUAUUGAAACCGCGCUCAACUGCUUGUCACAUGAUAGCGUUGAUCGCCCCUCAAUGGGGCAAGUUUUGAGCAGUCUUGAAUACUGUCUUAAGCUGCAGAUUGGUGAAUAA